AUGUCUUCCGAAGACACAACAGACUCUGCAUGGGGAGCUUCGUUUGCCCCCGGAGAUGAGCUGCUAAGCGGAAACGAUCUCCUUCAACGCAUCCAGGUAGAUUGCAGGCCGUCGCAUGUCGACAGUGCCGGACACCCUGUACAUCAGCAGGACCAGGAGCCACUUGCAAUGUCUUCCGAAGACACAACAGACUCUGCAUGGGGAGCUUCGUUUGCCCCCGGAGAUGAGCUGCUAAGCGGAAACGAUCUCCUUCAACGCAUCCAGGUAGAUUGCAGGCCGUCGCAUGUCGACAGUGCCGGACACCCUGUACAUCAGCAGGACCAGGAUGAUUGCGGAGCUCCGCCAGAUGAAUCAAUCAUCAACGAGAUCGUGGAUGAGGCGUCAAUCAGGGCACAAUCUCAGAAGUCGACGGCUGAUAAGGGGCAAGACGAGUGUCGCCCAUCCCAGAAGGAGGUCCCACUUCCCCACAUGAACGACAAGGCGUUGCUGCGUCUGCAAGACUGUUGCAGGGACCGUGACCCCAGGUGGUGGCGAAUACUGCUGCCGAUUUGUUACAUGACCAUCUUUGGAGCGAGUUUGGCACUGAUUGUGCUUUGGGCCUUUGUUUUCUUUCCCUUUCAGAAGCCAGAGAUGGGUUUUUGGAGAAAUUGGAUGUUCAACUUGGUGGCGCAUCCUGUUGCAAACUACAUCGUUGCUCGAGGGGUCAUUGGGUGGUUCGCGAGACAAAUCUUGUGGGACCUGGAGAGCAGGCCUUCUUUGUGCAAAGCGCAAAGACCAGGGAUUACAAGACAGAUUGAGAGAUCUGUGCAUCUGGCGCCGAUAGCCGACUCACUUUGGUGUGCCAGUGAGCAUGUGCUCUUGUCCUUUGUGAAUGUUUACCCAAUUCCAUUCUCAGCGCCGCUCUCCUGCAUCCCAGCAGCAUUUGUGAGCAUGGUAGUUUUCUACCUCCUCCUUCCCAAAGAGGUGCGAGCUCUCCAGAGCACACCGAACUUUGUGAAGUUCACAUUCAUCGCUUGGACUGCCUACUGCCUUUUCUAUGCUGGGAUGCUUUUCUAUACAGCCUUUUUCAGCAAGGUGGAGAUGGGAGUGCAGUUAGUGAUGACCUUGUCAGUUUGCGCAGUAGAGUUCGUUGUGGUUGUAGCAAGGAGGAAACUUGGCGAGCGGUGGAACAUCCCUGCUCACAUACUGCGGGAGAUGCGGACUUGCAUCAAGCUUCCGGUGAUCAUCUUCAAAGCCUCCAUCUUAUCUCAAGCCAAAGGUACUUGGGUUUUUCUCAGCAUGGUUCUGCCAGAAUGCCUGGAAGUUGGAAAUUCUGUCGGGCUGAUAUUGUUGGAUCUCGUGUCAAGCAACAAGAGUGCUCGACCUUUGACCAAUGUCAGAUCGGCGCGGCAGCUAGUACAGACCUUCAAGGAUUUGCGACGAAGGCUGAAAGAUGUCGCUAAAUGCUGUGAACAGAUUUCAAAGAAGGAUCUUCAUCAGAUAAGUUGGGCAAAGGAAGAUGUCAAAUUGCUGAAUGAAGUCUCCAGCUCACUCUCAGCAGUCGUCAUGUUGGAAGUAUGUGAGAUAAUGGCCCCUUUGAUUUACAUAUGUCUUUUGUUGUGCUUGCAGAGCAGCACUUUCUUGGGCCACAACAGCUCUUACUUUCUGGGAUUGGCAAAUGCCAACUUUGAGGAAAGUCUCAUCGCGAACAGCUACAGCCUUUUGCUUGAAGCAAUUCUGUUGCUGGUCACAGAGCUGUGCAUGAGGGCGGUGAUUGGAAUGAGCUUCUGUAGCUUCAUUGGCUUCGUUCUCCGUUGUGAUUUCAGUUUCUGGUUGAGUACGUUCUCGAUGGCGUACGUUGGCUGGCUGACGAUGUUAGUCCAGCACUCCGGCCACGAUUUCAAGUUUCAAUUCUCUUGGCUGCCUUGAACCGCCUUGGGGGCUUUGUAGUAUUCUUCGCCAAGCAACUGGUCCUGGCCAAUAAGACUGGAUGAGGGUGUCGUUUUUUUGCAAGUCAU